UUUGCACUCUACUUUCACAUCACUCUCAGUUCCAAUCUUGUGUUUCUCUUCUUCACUUCACAAACCACUCCAGCCAAGGGUUUCCGAUCAAAGAAUCAAGAACCCUCCAAAUAUUCCCAGAAUGUCAACCCUAACAGUAAUACCACUCCAUUUUCCAAACCCUUAUCCAAUCCUUGUGGUUCUUCAUCUUCUCCUUCUCCUUCACCUGUUGUGAAGAAAUCGUGCUCCAAGUCACAGAAGAAACCACAAUCCUCGGCAGCAAAGGAGGGUGUUGUGAAUUCCGUGAAUUCCGUUCAGAAGAACAAGAUCAGGCAGAGGAAGUUCGUUGUUGCAAAGAAGAAUAAGAACAAGAAGUUCGAAGGGAGUGGUGGUGAUGGUGAUCAGGGUUCAAACUCAACGCUGUCGUUUUGUAAGUGCAAAGAGAGCAACAAGAACAACAAGUGUCUCUGUGUGGCUUACCAGAAUCUCAGGAAGUCACAGGAAGAGUUCUUCAAGAACAAGCAAGCACAAGAACAAGAGCAAGAUCAAGAAGAUGGAGCUGCUGAGAUUGAGAGAGUGAUCAUUGAAGAAGAACAACGACAACAACAAGAAGCCAUAGGAGAGGAUUGUGGUGGAUUGGGGAAUGUUGUUGAUUUGGCUGUGAAGAGGAGGAGGGAGAAGUUGAUGGACGAAGCAAGGAAGAGUGUUCCUGAAGCUGGGCCUGGCAAGGUGAUGCAUUUGGUCAAGGCAUUUGAGAAGCUUCUGACUGUUUCCACCACUGGAAAGAAAGAUCAGGAUCAGGAUCAAGUAGCCGAGGCGGUGCCGGCAGAAGAACAGGAGCAGCAAGAGAAAGAGGAGAAUAAGGUGAAAAGAAAGGUUAUGAGAUGGGCACUGCCAGGGUUGCCACUUCCUAAUGAUGCAACUGAAAUAACUCAGGAAGUGUCUGGUUGUUCUUCAUUUUGCCCGCCACAGGCGAUUCUCACAUCCGAGAGCCUUGGCUUGGAUCCGAAGGCUUCAGUUUCGUGUUCAUGGGAUAGCAGCCGUGGAAGUGUAUCUAACAGGACUUCUAAUGGAGGUAGAAGAAGCAGAAGAAAUAGUUUGGAAUCAACUAGCACCUUUGGGGGAAGCAGGUGGAAGAAGAAGCAGCAGCUGAGAGUCACCAGCCAAAAACCAUUCAAGCUAAGAACUGAGGAAAGGGGGAAGGUGAAAGAGGAAGAAUUUGUGAAGAAGAUACAUGAAAUGAUGACAGAGGAAGAGAAGCAAAGGAUACCAAUAGCCCAAGGGCUUCCAUGGACAACAGAUGAACCUGAGUGUUUGGUAAAGCCUCCUGUCAAAGAAAUCACACAGCCGAUUGACCUGCAGCUUCACAGUGAUGUGCGGGCAAUGGAUCAUGCUGAGUUUGAUCAUCAGGUUGCAGAAAAAUUGAGUUUGAUUCUGGAUCUCUGGUCGACUACUUCUUGCGGUCUCUCUACUCACCCAGUAGGACUGUAGGUUUCCACCCAAUCGGCACCGGCGAAGGGUUCGGGCCGAUGGAUGGUGACGGUUACGGAGAAUACGGGUUCAUUGGUUCAACACUAACCAGGCUCCUCCUCCGUAGCUAUGUGGUCACAAGCGAGGGUUUCGAGGAGUUUCGCCAGAUGAGCCAAGAAUAUCUGCCUUCAAUGAUGACUUCUUAUCUCACUGCUUCAUCUAUUACAGAGAGGAACUUGAGAAUGUGAGAAGAAGAUUUGUGUGAUUGGCGAUUGAAGGGAAGAUGAACGGAAGAGGUAGACGGAGAUCUGGUGUGCUUGGGUGCAACACCAGCGGAGCACUUCUAAUAGCGUAAGCUUCCUUUAUCACUUCAAAAAGUGUGACUUGCUAUAUGUUAAUACCUUUAGUUCUCCUAAUGCAGCUUGGUUUUUCUGGUUACUUGAGUUGCUUUUAAGGCCAUGGCUUCUUCUUGGAGUCCAAAGCAUGAGAAGAUGCAGAAGAACUUGAGUACAAAGUUAGCUGUGGCAAUAAGAAGUGUUCAAUGGAGUUAUGACAUUUUAUGUUCACCUUCAACAACCCAAGAUGGGUAAUCAAUUUAAAAACAAAAACUUUUUAGAAUACAAAAAACAAUUCCACUUUUCUCUCAUGAUAUGAAGUUUCUGUUUUGGUAAUUUUGAUUCUUUUGAGUCUUGUGUAUAUGAUGAUCAUUGUGUUCCGUUAGUUUCAUGAAGAGGUUGUCUUUUCAGAACUUUGAAACAUACAUAAGGCUUUCGUUACGCAGAAAAAGAAACAUGUUAUUCAUACUUCAUUUAGUUUACGACUUCAUCAGCCUUUAAGAAUUAGCAUGUAAGUACUUCUGUCUUGGAUCCAACUUUCUGCCUGUUUUAUGUAAUUAAACUUUCAGUGGGUUACACCAUUGAUGAUAGCAAGGCCCCUAUAUUUGAUUUGUUAUUAUAAUCUAUUUAAUCUUUCUUUA